AUGGAUUCUCACGCAGCUCUUGAGCUGCUGGAAUACCUGCGCAUAUGCUAUCCGAUCUUUCUGCUUUGCCUCUUCACCGUGGCUUUCAUCGCCAAUACGAUGGCCACCGCCAGAAGAGUCGGAAAUCAAGAAUCUGUCCGCAUGGGCCCCGGGGGAAGGCCAUUACCCAAGCGCCAUCGUAGUGAAGCUCCCGCUUCCGCGGUGAAGGUGUUCUCACCUACCGUCAAGCGGUUUUUCAAUUGGCUUUCGGUUGCCCUACUCGUCACAUUUUUGAUAGAUGCAACGAUCUACAUCGUCCACGUCCUGGUUGCUCGAUCUGAGCACUGGUGGCGGGGCCAGUCCGCAGUCAUUUACAUUGUCGGGUCAUUCUUUUUCUACGCUGUCCUCUUAAUGACAUUGCUCGACACAAACCCGUCCCCAACCGUUGCCCAGUUUGUGUGCUGGCUCGCCGCCAUUCCCCUCGAAUUAAUCCUCGUCAGCACUGCGCUUUCUCUCUACACCUCACCUCACCACGAACCGAUUGUUGGUAACCCCGAAGGCGGCACACUUCGCCAAUCCAUCACGCCAUGGGAGCACGCUGAAAUUGCGUCAAAUAGUCUUCGAGUGCUGAUUUUGGUGGCUCUGGUUGCUCUGUACAUCAGUAAAAGUAUAUCCUGGAAGAGUCAGAAGGGCAGCCAGAUGCGUCGUGAAAACGGCCAUGCCAGUGAGUCCACUGGACUUCUUGACGCGGCAGCCGCAGAGAAUGGCAAUGGCAACACCAAUGGCCAUGCUUACGGAGCUACCGAUGGUUCAGCAGACAACAAUGCUACGAAACCGAAGCCCGAUCCAUGGGUCCGUCCAACGACCGUGCCUUCAACAAGUUGGUGGGAGUAUCUCAGUGGCUACUCACUCUUCUUUCCCUACCUUUGGCCAUCAAAAUCCUGUCGAUUGCAAAUUAUCGUGGUCCUUUGCUUCAUCAUCCUUGUUGCUCAACGAGUCGUGAAUGUCAUGGUACCGAACCAAGUUGGUCAUAUUACCACCAUCUUGGCUGACGAGGAAGGACAAGGUUUCCGUGUCCCUUGGCUGGAGAUCUUGAUGUAUGUCGUUCUACGAUGGCUGCAAGGUAGCCAGGGUCUUUUGGGCUCCAUGCGCUCCAGCCUGUGGAUACCGGUCAGCCAGUAUUCGUAUAUGGAACUGUCGAAUGCGGCAUUUGAGCAUGUCCAUGGACUGAGUCUCGAUUUCCAUCUGGGGAAGAAGACAGGAGAGGUCCUGUCUGCGUUGAGCAAGGGCAGCUCUAUCAAUACAUUCCUGGAGCAGAUCACGUUCCAAGUGGUCCCAAUGUUGGUUGAUCUGGUCAUCGCAUUCGGCUACUUCCUCAUCAAGUUCAAUGCCUACUAUGCACUCGUUGUGGGUAUCUCCACGUUCGGAUACCUCUACGUCACAGUACGCAUGGCACAGUGGCGCGCUGAAAUUCGAAGGACCAUGGUUAAUGCAUCUCGUCAAGAAGACGCUGUCAAGAACGAUUCGAUGGUCUCUUACGAGACGGUCAAAUACUUCAAUGCCGAACAGUACGAAUUCCGGCGUUAUCGCGAUGCCGUGGGCGAGUUUCAAAAGGCCGAGUACCAUGUGCUUAUCUCACUAACACUCCUCAACACGUGCCAAAACACGAUCUUUAUGUUGGGCCUUCUCCUCACCUGCUUCAUCGCAGCAUACGAAGUCGCCACUCACGAGCAAGACGUCGGUCGAUUUGUGACAUUGUUGAUCUACAUGGCCCAGCUUCAGGGUCCACUGAACUUUUUCGGCACCUUCUAUCGUUCAAUUCAGUCUGCAUUGAUCAACGCUGAGCGGAUGCUUGAGUUGUUCCGCGAGCAGCCAACGGUGGUCGACAGCCCGCAUGCCACCACCUUGCCAAUCUGCCAGGGAGACAUAAAGUUCCAAGACGUCGAUUUCUCUUACGACAAGCGCAAACCGGCGUUGAAUGGACUGACUUUCCACUGCGAGCCUGGUACUACCACCGCUUUGGUGGGAGAAUCUGGAGGUGGCAAGUCCACUGUCUUUAGACUCCUCUUCCGGUUCUAUAAUACUGAGAAGGGCUGCCUCAGUGUCGAUGGUCGUGACGUGCGGGAUAUCACCAUCGACUCGUUACGCAGCCACAUCGGUGUGGUCCCUCAGGACACUGUCCUUUUCAACGAGACACUUAUGUAUAAUUUGAAAUACGCGAACCAGGCAGCCACGGAUGAGGAAGUCUAUGAUGCCUGCCGGGCAGCCAGUAUUCACGAGAAAAUCUUGACAUUCCCGGAUGGUUAUAACACCAAGGUUGGAGAACGAGGUCUGCGCCUCAGUGGCGGAGAGAAGCAGCGGGUUGCAAUUGCACGUACCAUACUCAAGAACCCGCGGAUCAUUCUUUUGGACGAAGCCACAGCCGCACUGGAUACGGAUACCGAAGAGCACAUCCAGCGGGCGCUUUCCACGCUCUCACAGGGACGUACCAUGCUCGUGAUUGCUCAUCGACUCAGCACCAUCACGACAGCCGAUCGAAUCCUUGUUUUGGCUGAUGGCCAAGUGGCUGAAAGUGGUACUCACGAGGAGCUACUUGCAAUGAAGGGCCGUUAUGCGAGCAUGUGGCGCAAGCAAAUUCGAGCGCAAAAGGCCGCUAUCGAAGUCAAACAUUUGGAAGAUCGCAUCCGCAACGCCGCUCACAGCGACGAUAGCUCUAGCCAGUCUGAUGAGGAUCCCAAACAUAAUCGCCGUCCGGCACAAUGA